UACAAGACGGUUGACUUGUCUUGUCAACUUCAAUGUAUAAAACGAGCACUGAUAAACCCUAGAACCAGAAGAGGACCCGAGACCUUACAUCUUCUCCGAUCAAUGUCUUCGUCGUCGUCGUCGUCUUCAUCUCUUCCUCCUUGGUCCUGUAAGAAAUGCACAUUCCUCAACUCCCCAUCUCAGAAAUCCCACUGUCAAAUCUGCUUAACUCCGUCAUCUCCUUCUUCUUCUUCCUCUUGUCUGGACCUUAAAUGGGCGUGCAAGGCCUGCACUUUCUUGAACCCAUAUAGAAACACCAACUGCGAGGUCUGUGACACGAGGGCUUCGGUGUCUUCUCUCUCAAGAUUUGACGAUUUAUACGAUACGGGUCCUGAAGGGGACGUCGAUUCCUCCGUCGGGUCUGUGUUCUUGCCGUUGCGACGCUGUAAGAGGAAGGGAAUGGAGACGGAGACGGAGAUGGAGAUGGAUCCAGUUCGUGAUGACGGUGAUUUAGUUGAUUUGAGCGGGUUUCGUGGAGUUAUGGCCUCGAACAAGGAGGAUACUGUGAAGGAGAACAAUAGUUCAGGAGCUGGUUUAGUUACACUGAAAGUUCUGAGCUAUAAUGUCUGGUUUCGGGAGGAUUUGGAGAUGUAUAAGAGGAUGAAAGCUAUUGGCGAACUCAUUCAAUUGCAUUCCCCAGAAAUAAUCUGUUUUCAGGAGGUUACUCCGAACAUAUAUGAAGCCUUUUGUCAAUCCAGCUGGUGGAAGGCUUAUCGUUGUUCUGUUUCAAAUGGGAUGGCAGAUUCAAGACCAUAUUUUUGCAUGCUGUUGAGUAAAAUACCGGUGAAAUCUUUCACCAGCAAGCCUUUUAGGAAUUCUAUAAUGGGAAGGGAACUGAUCAUUGCUGAGCUUGAAGUUAAGGGAGACAUAUCUUUAGUUGUUGCCACUAGCCAUCUCGAGAGUCCUUGCCCAAGCCCUCCGAAGUGGGAUCAGAUGUUCAGCAAGGAGCGUGUAGAACAGGCAAACGAGACUGUCAAGUUCCUUAACAAGAAUCCUAAUGUCAUUUUCGGGGGUGAUUUGAACUGGGAUGACAAGCUAGAUGGUCAGUUCCCCCUGUCUGAUAAAUGGAUUGAUGCUUGGACAGAACUUAGGCCAGGGGAAGAUGGAUUUACAUAUGAUACCAAGUCAAACAUGAUGUUGUCAGGUAACCGCACUCUACGAAAACGUCUGGACCGAUUUAUGUGCAGUCUGCAAGAUUUCAAAAUUAGUGGAGUUCAAAUGAUAGGAAUGGAGCCAAUACCUGGGCUGACAUAUUGCAAAGAGAAAAAGAUCAAAAAUGAAGUAAAGAAGUUGGAGCUUCCUGUAUUGCCUAGCGAUCAUUAUGGCUUACUUUUGACUUUCUCCAGCAUAUGAAUUGAAAUGGAGCUUAAACAAGCUGGUGUUUUGAUGACCUGAUGAUUCUCUCUGUAGUAGCCACUUCUUGACAUGCAAUUUUGUGUAUAAGCGAAAAUGAUUCUGGGUAUUGGUGUUUCAGGGGGUUGAAGAUCAUACAUUAAUCGAAUUGGUCCAUUUGAUAGAAAUUUUUAGUAUUGUCCUGCUUCAAUUUCAAAGAGAGAUGGCCAAGAUGCCGACAGAGAUAGAGGAUUUUCUCGGCUUCAUCAACCAAGCCACCGAGGACCCAAAGACUCCUCUUCCAUUUCAAGAAAGACCCAAGAAAAAUCGAGCCAUGAAGCGGUAAGACUCGCUCCAGAUUGCAGUUGAGGUUAUAAAGAAACUUAACCGGAUGCUUCAUCUUGAACAAAAGUCGAUGAUGUGCUGAAGUUCCUAAAGGUUUUGUGAGCAAAUCGGCGAGCUGUUCCCUCGAGGUGACAUGCUUCAUUUCAACGAAACCCUUUUGAACUUGGUUGCGAAUUAUGUGGCAGUCGAUGUCAAGGUGUUUUGUUCGUUCGUAAAAAAUCGGAUUUGCUGCAAUAUGCUCGGCGAUUUUGUUAUCACAGUUCAAUGUUACGGGUAAGUGGGGUGUUAUUUGAAAGUCUCAAAGCAGAUAGGUUAUCCACUGAACUUCACAUACCGUGGAUGACAUACUUCUAUACUCAGCCUCUGUGGAAGACUUGCUCACUGUAGUUUGUUUCUUUGUUUUCCAAGAGAUCAGUGCAGGCCCAAGGAAGAUGCAGAAGCCCAUGAAUGAUUUGCGGGAUAUCAGACACGAUGCCUAGUCCGAAUCACAAAAAGUUUGAACUUUAAAAUCAUUCUUUCUCGGGAAGAAGAUGCCUUGCUCCGGAUAUUGCUUUAGGUAUCUAACAACGUGUAGUGUGGUCGUCUGGGUCGUUGCAUGAACUGACUGAGGUGUUGAGUGGAGUACGUUAUGUCAGGUCUGGUGAAGUUGAGGUAAAGCAAACGGCCGAUUAGGCGUCUAUAUCUCUCCAGAUCUGCUAUCUCGACUCUGAGGAAAUAUCUUGCUUGGUCGAUGUCCUUGACUGUGAAGGCUUCAUUCAUGGCGCUUUUGAUUUCGUAAAUCACCUCAUCAUUAGGACCCGUGACAAGUGAGGUGGACAUGAGGAAGGAGAGCUCAAACAUGGGUUGUUCAGUGGUAUGGGCGACAAAGUCUACCAUCUAGGCGGGCUUGUUUCUCACCCUGAUGCUCCUCCUUACUUCAGACUCUUGGAAAAUGAUGGUUGGUAAGGGAAUUUAUUCUCUUCUUCGUAGCUGAUUUUCAGAUGUGUUUACUGUGUCGUCACUUGGUAUUGGCAGUAGUGUGUCAUGGUAAUCUGGUUUAGGGUGUUUUGUUUGGUAUGGAAAAAUAUGACAUCCCUAGACAAAACCGUUUUUCUGUUUGUUAUAUCAUAUAAUUUGUAAGCCUUUGCAUCGAGUGCAUACCCUAAGCAAACACAUUUCAAAACCCUAGGUUUAAACUAUUCUUUUUGAGGGGUGACAUUUGUUGCAAAACAUUGACAAUCGAAGGCCUUUAGCUUUGAAUAAUCCGGCUAUUUUUUGUACAGAAUUUCGUAAGGAGUUUUUCAUUUUAAAACAGAGUUUGACAAAACUUUUAUUAUGUGUGUGGCUGUGAGUAUGGCUUCAUCCCAAAAACUUUUGGGUAGUUUUGAUUCAAACAUCAAUGCCUUAACAAUUUGUAAUAGGUGCUUAUGUUUCCUCUCCACCACCCCAUUUUGCUGUGGUGUGUAUGUACAGAUUUUUUGAUGCAUGAUUCAUUUUUCUUGAAAUUUUUUUUUGAAUGAAGUGUUCAUGAAUUCAGUGUCGUUGUCUGUCCUAAUUGUUUUGAUUGCUUUCUAAAAUUGAAUUUGUAUUAGAUUGUAAAAAUAUUUCAAGAUAUUUGGUACAUUCGUUUUCUCUUUUAAUAAGUAAGUUUAAGUGGCUCUUGAGAAAUCAUCAACUAUGGUUAAAAAAUAAAGUGCACCAGAAGUACAAUUAACCGGGUAUGGUCCCCAAAGGUCAACAUGUAUUAAACUAAAAAUGUCACUAGUAUUGAUAAAAUUUUUAGAAAAAAGACAAGCGUUGCUGUUUUGCCAAGGGGUAUAUUUCACAUCAUGUAGAGCUGCACUGCAUGGUAACUUUAGACUGGGAAUGUGGAUCAAUUUUUGUUUGGAUGUGUGGCCGAGUCUUUUGUGCUAUAGUUGUAGGUUGUUUUCUUGGGUGUGGCUGAUGUAUGCUUUGUUAGGGUUAAUGUCUUCACUCAGGGUGUACAGGCUCUUCAUUAUUGUUCCCUUCCUCAAUAUUUUGUUAGUUGUCAAAUUCUGCACAAAACAAUGGUUGGGAUAAAAGAAAAUGUAGGUAUUUAUAGCUUGUGUUAGUUUUAUGACAGAAAUAAGGUUGUAAGUGAAUUUUGGUAUAUAAAGAACAUCCAGUAGAAUUAAAUUGUCGCACAGCUUUAUGGUUCCUUUGUGGAUUGAAUGACUCGUGGUUCCGUCUGGUAACGAGAUAGGUACUGCAGGUUCUAGUUUUACGGGUUUUGAAAGCAUUUUGAAAUCAUGGCAUAUGUGUGAUGUGACACCUGUCUCUAUUAUCCAAGAUCUUAUGUCAUUAAAGGUAUAUAAAAAACAACAUUUAAGUUGCUUACUAGAGGGGCCAGAGUAGCCCACGCACCCUGCCGAUUCUGCCAUGUUUGCUCAUUUGUUUUUCAAGUACUUACUGAUCUCUUGUUCUAUGAGUAUGGUCAUUUUUGUGCCCCAAUUUGUGUUGAAUACUUCUGUUUUGGUGUUAUUAGAGGCAUUGUUUGCCCAUUGCAUUAGUUUUUUCUUCGUUCCUUUUCUCUUUGAGUUAUGUAAACCAUUCUGGGUAGUCAUGGAGCUUGAAGUAUGUGUCCUUUGUGUGCCCUGUGUUUUUACAAUAAGUGCAUGCCCUGCUAUCCUUUUCCUUUUUCCGGUUUGGGAAUUUUGGAUUGUCUUUUAGGUUGGUGUAAAAUGCAGCGGGCAUCCCCUUAAACGAGUUACUAUUGUGUACUUCCCUCUGUUUUUCAACACUAAUCACCAUGAAAUAAGCUCUAUUCAAUCCGUAUAAGGAUUCCAUGAUCAAUAUUUGGUUUCUAACAUGAUCGUAUGAGUUAUUAAGACCCAUUAGAAAUUGGAUUAAGUUGUCAGUAUUGUCUAUUUUAUUGUGUUGUGUUGCAGCAUGGUAGGAGCAAGCAAGGGCCUUAGGUGUGUUAACUCAUCCCAUAGCCUUUUGAGUUUUGUAUAAUAGGCUGUGACAGAAAGGUUAGAUUGCGUGAUGGAACUUAUUUCGCGUUUUAACUGAUACAACAUAUGUCCAUUGCUUUCACCCUACGUUUUUUUAUUUCAUCUCACAGGAUUUUUGUUGAUGUGGUGAACAAGAAGGCGCUAGCGAGCUCUUUGUUCAUCGAGUUCAGAAUCCAAGACACUAUCAUGCUGUCUGUUUUGUGUCAUUGUUUAUGUUCUGUUGCAUCGGGUUCGGGCUUUUUGCAUCUGUCGUCGACGAGGGCGAGCUUGUCCUUGGCUCUCAAUGCGAUCACCAUGGUUCAACUCCAAGACAAGUAGUUGGAUCCAUCAAGUGUGGUUGUGACGAGUUGCAUUCUAGGCUGGUCUGAACUUAGGAGUAUCAACACAUUUGUAUUAGGGUUUGCCAUUUAGCAGUAGGGUAAUAUUGUAAUGUAAAAAUCAGGAGAAUCAGUGCUUAUUACAGGUACUGCUCUGAUACCAUGUAAAGAAACUUAGCUGGGUAGGGUAGAGAGCAUCUAAUGCUCAUUAAUUUUCCGCUGUGUAUUUAUUGAAUGGAACCUUGGAAAUAUAUAUACAGGAAAAUAAAAAGGGGAUGAGGGCGGUCUCUGGAAACAUUAGAGACUACCAGCUGUCUCCAACCUUUAAACAGAAAAAGAGAAUCUGAACCCUUCAUUUUAGAGUUUUAAUCUAGGCGGUCCACCUGUCCAUUUUUUCAGUCUUCUCAUUUUCCCUUAAAUUCUUUUCAUCUCACCACACGUUUUCUGACUGAGACUGAAACUGGCAGCUGUGAAAGAGAAGUGGGCGGUAAAAGAAAGGACAACCAGGCAAAAGUUUUGUCUCGCAAAAGAGGCUUUGAGAAAGGAGACAAGAAGCAAGAACCAGGAGGCAAGAGGCAUAAAAGCCUGAUCAAGAAAACCCAGAAACCUGCCAAGAAUUGACAAGCAGUUCGAUUGGAGAAGCUGAACCCUUUAUUUAAUCCUGAUAUGGAUCAGUAGCUGAAUUGGUUCUUGAUUAUACCAAAGAACCAAUCCAAGGAAUGCGGUCUUGAUGAUGCAGAAGCUAAAUCUAAGUCGGCAUUGAAGAAGUGGCACUUGAAAAGGUCCAAUAGUGGAAGGUGGAACUGGUGCAACUAGCAGAUAAUGCUUGGUUUUGGUUCCAAAGUACUUGACUGAACGAUUUGUACUGCAACUCUCUGUGGUUUUGUUUAACAGAAAUUUUGAUCAGUUCAUUAGAUUUUUGUUAGUUUAUUCUUUGUACUUCUAGGAGAGAUAUCUUG